AAAACUGGAAUUUCCCAGGCCGGCCAGGAGCGCUCCCUGUUUCCCGUGUCCCUUAUCAGGAGCAUUCCAGGCUGUUUGUCCCGAGCCGGGCGUGACUCACGGGAUGGGGCCGGGCAGGUGGAGCAGGAAAAGUCACCUGGGCAGGAAGGGACAAAACACACCUGGGAAAAGUCACCUGCGCAGGAAGGGACAAAACACACCUGGGAAAAGUCACCUGCGCAGGAAGGGACAAAACACACCUGGGAAAAGUCACCUGCGCAGGAAGGGACAAAACACACCUGGGAAAAGUCACCUGCGCAGGAAGGGACAAAACACACCUGGGAAAAGUCACCUGGGCAGGAAGGGACAAAACACACCUGGGAAAAGUCACCUGGGCAGGAAGGGACAAAACACACCUGGGAAAAGUCACCUGGGCAGGAAGGGACAAAACACACCUGGGAAAAGUCACCUGGGCAGGAAGGGACAAAACACACCUGGGCUGCCCCGCGCCGCUGCUCCUCCUCCUCCUCCUCCUCCUCCUCCUCCUCCUCCUCCUCCUCCUCCUCCUUCUUCUUCUCCUCCCGCUCCCGGAAAAUCCCCGCAGCUCCCGCCUGGAAUUCCGGGGCGCCGAACCCCCGGGUGGAAUUUGUGGAAAUUUCUGGAGGAUUUCUGGAGGAUUUCUGGAGGAUUUCUGGAGAUUUCUGGAGGAUUUCUGGACAUUUCUGGAGGAUUUCUGGAGAUCUCUGGAGGAUUUCUGGAGGAUUUCUGGACAUUUCUGGACAUUUCUGGAGGAUUUCUGGAGAUCUCUGGAGGAUUUCUGGAGAGGAGCCGGGGUCCCGCAGAGCUGGAGAUGGUUUUUUUGAUGGUUUUGGUGGUUUCAAUGGUUUCGAUGGUUUUGUCCUUCUAACAACACCUGAGCAGGCCCGGCUUAUGGUCCAUAAUUCUCCCAGAAUUAAAGAUUUUUUAUGGAAUCCUCUGCUCUGCUCCCAGCUCGGGUGCCGGGGAGCACCACGUGGGACUCUCGCAGGGCUCAGUUCCUCUCGGGGCGCUCGGCCAUGUCGUGCUUCCCGCAGCUGUGGCGCUCCAGAACCCCGGAGUCCCCCACCAGCCCGGUGGCCCCGGCGGAGCCCGCGGCGAGCCCGGUGAGCCCGGUGAGCCCGGUGAGCCCGGCGAGCCCGGCAUCCCCGGCGGAGAAGGGCCGCGCGUCCCCCGGGGGCUCCCCGGGCUGCGCCAGCCCCGCCUCGCCCAAGCCGGCGUCGCCGGUGGAGUGCUCCAUCUGCUUCAACACCUACGACAACACCUUCAAGACGCCCAAGCUGCUGCAGUGCUCGCACGUGUUCUGCCUGGAGUGCGUGGCGAGGCUGAGCGCGGCGCUGCCGCCCGGCCAGCCCGAGCAGCCGCUGCUGCCGUGCCCGUUCUGCCGCCAGCUCACCAGCAUCCCCCGGCAGGGCCCGCCCGGCCUGCGCACCAGCCGCGAGCUGCUGGCCACGCUGCCGCCCGAGCUGCAGCGCGAGAGGCCGCUGUGGAUGGACGGCACCAAGCUGUGCUGCCGCCGCGCCUCGGACGACGCCGAGAACCCCGAGUCGUGCAUCUCCAUCGACGUGGCCAUGAGCAAGCCCGAGAGCGCCGAGGCGGCGGCGCCGGAGGGGUUGGCGGCGCGGCUGUCGCGGUGCGAGCUGUGCGACGACUGGAAGCGCGUGGUGCUGCUGUCGGCGCUGGUCAUCAUCAUCUUCUGCAUCAUCCUGUGGCCCGUGCAGUGCGCGCUCAAAACCGGCAACCUGCGCUGCUUCACGCGGACUGCGGCCGUCAGCAGGCCAGACCUGCUGCCACCCAAGGCCACCACGGCGGCGGUGGCGGCUGUCACACGGCCGCCCUUCCAGUAGUGACAGAGCUGGUGGAUGUGCUCGGCUCUGUGGGGAUGAGGGACAGGACCUGUCCUGGCAGGAUUUGGGACAAAAUCCCCUUUCUAGAGCUCCUGGAUGUGCUCAGGGAUGGGAACAGGGACAGGACCUGUCCUGACACGACUUGGGACAAAAUUCCUUUUCUAGCAGUGCCAGAGCCUCUGGAUUUGCUCAGCUCCAUGGGGACAAGGAACAGGACCUGCUUUCCUGAUGGAAUUUGGGACAAAAUCCCCAUUCCAGCGGUGCCAGAGCCUCUGGAUCUGCUCAGCUCCAUGGGGAUGAGGGACAGGACCUUCUGUCCUAACAGGAUUUGGGACAAAAUCCCCAUUCCAGGGGUGCCAGGACUCCUGGAUGUACCCAGGGAUGGGAACAGGGACAGGACCUGCUGCCCUGACAGGAUUUGGGACAAAAUCCCCAUUCCGGUGGCACCAGGAGCCUCUGGACCUGCUCAGCUCCACGGGGACAGGGACAGGACACAAACGCCCUCUCCUGGAUCUGCUCAGCUCCAUCCCCAGGGCAGAGAUCCAAGCGGGACCUGCCGCAUUCCUGGGAUUCCUGGCAGGCCCCAAAACCCCCUCCCCGCACCGCGAGGUCUCCGUUUCUUGGGAUUUCUGCUUUUUAUGGGAAGCAGCAGAAAUUUGACCUUUGAAAUUUGGGGUCGUCCUGGGUUUGUCCUUUGCCCUUCCAAUCCAAAAUGUUCUCGAUUUGUGUAACACUCACCUGACUCCUCCUUAUCCCAAUUUCUGGAUUUCUGCCUUUGAUGGGAAGCAAUUUCUUGGGAUUUCUGGCUUUUAUGGGAAGCAGCAUAAAUUUGACACCUGGGUUUGUCCAAGAUCUCUCAUUUUGCCUUUCAAAUCCAAAGGAGACCGAUGGAAUCGUCCUUCCCAGUCCUUGCACUGGUGGCACUGGUCCGUCCCUGUGGGAUGUUCAGCCCACCUGGAAACGUUUUUAUCAAACCUGGAAACGUUUUUAUCAAACCUGGAAACGUUUUUAUCAAACCUGGAAUCAUUUUUAUCAAACCCCAUCCUGCUCCAGGCUGAUUUUCCAUGGAUUUCCAGCAGGGAAAUCUGUAGGAUGUAAAAAAUCGGUUGGAAAAUGCUGCGGAGGGGAUAAAAAAGAGACAAAAGAGGGAAAAGUGGAGAUCCCAAGAGCUGAAACCACUCCCUGGCCACAGAGGAGGGGAAGGAAAGACACCAAAGUCCUGCAAAACCUCAGGAUUGGGCUUGGGAUUCAUGGAAAACUGAAUUUAGGAGACACAGGAGCCCCUCUGCUUCACCCCGCUCUGCCCAGCAAACAGCACCAGAAAUAAACAGGAUUUUCCUUUAUUCCAGGAGAGAAAAAAGAUUGAAAAAAAAUGAAAAAAAAAGAAGCACCAGGCCCCUUACAAACCUCUUUAAUCGUUUCCAAACUUUAUUUCUGGGUGAUUUGACGAAAAGACACGAGUUAGUAAUGGUUAUAUCAUGCUGCUCCUCGAGUGCGCAUCGCCCUUCGGAAUUCACCCUCUGCACCGACACCUCAGGGGGUUUAAAUUAAAAAAAAAACAAAAAAAAAGCCCCAAAAUAAUCAAAUCUGGAAGAAAAAAAAAAAACCCAACCUCAGUGUGUCCUUUUUUGUGGGUUUUUUUCCCCCCUGUGGUAUAAAUGUUAUUAAAAAUAAAGCCCGGGUGAAGUGCUAAGGGCGCUGCUGGAAAUUCCAAAUGCUCCCCCAUGAGGACACCAAAUCCUGGUUUAAGGCAUUUCCAAGCCCCAGCAAAAGCAGGAUGAGUUUUUAUUUCUAUUUUUAGUUCAGUUGUUGGGUUGUUCUUGGUGAUUUUUUCUUUUUUUUUUGCUGUUUCUUCGUUCCUGAAAAGCGACAACUUCCCCGUCCCUCUGGAGCUGGAACAUCCAAGCCCAGCUGGGAAAUCCCAUUCCCAAAAUACGGAUUGGGGCACCCCCAGAUCCCUCCCUCCCAUCCCAGCCCAGCGUUUCCCACCAGGAAUCCCAACCUGGACCCAGCAGCCGCUAAAAAAUGGGAAUUUUGGCACCCACGGAACCCCCCCCGGCCACAGCAGAGCCCUCGUCCCACGCAGGGCACAGCCCCCCAUGGAAUACUGAACCCCGGAUUUUCCACAGGAAAUGUCACAGUUUGGGAAUAUUUAUUUUUUUUUUUUUUAAAUCAAA